AUGAGAGUUCGUUUUAUGAAACGGCUCUGGUUCUAUCCCAAAGUUAUGGCAUUCACAAUAUACACGCUGACAUUCAAUGCAUUUCAAUCCAACUCGCCCGUCGCUGACUGUGCAUUUGAACCUGUCAUAUGGCUUGUUGACCACUUUGCUGGACUGCUUGGCCGGGUAAGACUUUAUUGAUAAAACAUUGAUAUUUGAAUGUUAUUUUUGAGGUGCUUGAGCCACGAACCAAUGCCUGAUUAUUGUGAUUAACACUUUCCCUUGACUGGUGAAAUCGUCUGGUGUUAGAAAGAGUAUAAUGUAAUUACAAAGUAAUAAUUCUUAUUCCGCGUUGACACAUUAACACCAAACACUUUCCCUUUUAUUAGGACUAUUCUACUUUGCAUUCUACUUUGUUAUAUUGAUUUUAACUCCAGACAAUUUUCCUUGUCGAGGCAAAAGUGCAUGGCCAUUCAUAUUGCCUUUUUAGCUGGGUGACACGUGACAGUAAUGAGCAGAAUGUCUACGACAAGUUUUUAUGUCUUUUAAUAUGGCAAGUUUUAUUUGCUCAGCUGUAUAAGUAGGUUUUUCUAUGACAAGUACACUUAUUCAAAAGCUAGCUAGCAUGCCAGCUGCACUUGUCGUAGAAUACAUGAUAUAAAAAAAUUGGCAAAAUGCACAUUUUGCUGUCAACAAAGAAAAUUUGACAAUGAAAAUUUGACAAAGUAAUUUGCACACUUGGAUGUGUUUUGUCAGUGAUCCUUUGUUGCAGAACUUGUCAUAUAAUAUUUGUCUAUGUAAACUUGCCAUUUAAAGAGUCCUGGUCAACCACAAUGCAAUGCAAGCUUUUGUUUAUGUUUUUCUGUUACUUUUCUUAAUUGUUGCUGCCAUUUUUGAGGUCACUAAAAAUAGCUUCCUCUGGCCCACAACGUAGCAGAAACGUAAACAAAUGCACGCAUUGCAUUGUGGUUGACCAGGACUCUUUAAAAACUAAUGUCAUAGAAAAUGUGCUCAUCGUAAUUGGUUUUAGCCAUAAUUAUUAUUUGCAUGCAGGUACACAUGUUAAUGCAUUAAGCCAGAUUAUAUGCACCGUUCAAAAGUGGCCAACUUUAAUUUAUAAUCAUGUUAGAUUAGAGCUGCUUCUAUCGAUUCAUUAUUGUAGUCAAUUAAUCAUCAUCAACAAUCGAUUAAAAUUAAUCAUAUUGAGUAAAUCUAGACAUGUCCACAGUGGUUAACGUUGCUUCCAUUUGCUCAAGUAACCUACUACGCAUGGCUAUUUUGUUGAUUCGAUUAUUGUUAAGAAUAAUCAAUUGCAAAAAAAAAACUCCAAAAUAAUCAAUCAAUCAGCAGCUCUAUGUCAAAUGAUUCAAUCAAAUGAGGGGAGUUUGCAUAUUAAUAACUUAAACAGUAACCAUACUGCUUAAAUUAUUUUUCAGGCAUUGGUUAUACUAGUAAGCUUAGCAAUAUCUGGCGUUGUUGUGGUAUUUUAUAUUUAUGUGAUGCCAAUAGUUCUGGAAUAUGAUAAUAUAUUGUUCAUUGUCUGUCAUUUGAUCUGUGGUCAUUGGUUGUUGUUGAAUGUUGCAUUUCAUUAUUAUAAAGCUGUGUCAUCUAGUCCUGGUUAUACACCAUCUGUAAGUAAAAACUAAAUAAGCUAAUUAGUAUGACACUUGAAGUUUGCAUGAAUACCUCCAUCCUCCGCCAGCGAACUAAGUUAUGUAUCAUGCAUAAAUUAUUACACAUUCAGUUCACUUUGGCAGCAAUGCAAGGCAACCUUAAUUUCUCAUCCAAUUUUCAAUCAAAUUUAACCAAAUUUUAAUGAUUUUGUCUUUGGACAGUAUCCAUUAGUGCCACAAAUUUUCAUAUUUAAUUUAAUGUCUGAUAGUUUUCGGGUUUUUGUGCUGACAGACAGACAUGCAGACACAUACAGACAGACACGCAGACACAUACAGACAGACACGCAGCCACAUACAGAAAGACACGCAGCCACAGGCAGACACACAGCCACGUACAGACAGACAGUCACAUGCAGAAAGACAGACACAUGCAGACAGACAGACACGUGCAGACAGACAGACAUGUGACAGACAGACAUGUACAGACAGAGACAGACAUGGACAGACAUGUACAGACAGACACAUACAGACAGACAUGUACAGACAGACACAUACAGACAGACACAUACAUACAGACAGACAUGUACAGACAGACACAUACAGACAGACAGACAGACAUGUACAGACAGAGACAGACAUGGACAGACAUGUACAGACAGACACAUACAGACAGACAUGUACAGACAGACACAUACAGACAGACAUGUACAGACAGACACAUACAGACAGACACGUACAGACAGACAGACAUGUACAGACAGACACAUACAGACAGACACGUACAGACAGACAGACAUGACAGACAGACACAUAUACAGACACAGACAGACAUGGACCGACAUGUACAGACAGACACAUACAGACAUGUACAGACAGACACAUACAGACAGACACAUACAUACAGACAGACAGACAUGUACAGACAGACAGACAUGUACAGACAGACACGUACAGACAGACAUGUACAGACAGACACGUACAGACAGACAUGUACAGACAGACAUGUACAGACAGACAUGUACAGACAGACAGAUAGUGCAGAUGGACACAGCAGAUGGACACAUACAGACAGACAGGCAGGCACGGACAGACAGACACAUACAGACAGACAGACAGACAGACAGACAGACAAACUCGUACAGACAGACAGACAAACAAACAAGAAUGAAACAGAACUUUCUAGUGGAGGUAAUAAAAAACUCGUACAGACAGACAGACAAACAAACAAGAAUGAAACAGAACUUUCUAGUGGAGGUAAUAAGCCAAUUACAAACUCGUACAGACAGACAGACAAACAAACAAGAAUGAAACAGAACUUUCUAGUGGAGGUAAUAAGCCAAUUCUAAACAAUUAGUAUAAACAACCAUUAAUUAAUUAAUUAUUAAUUAUCAUUUAAUGUACUAUUAGACUUGUAACUUUAAUUCUUGUUAAUACUUUCAGGGAAAACAAGCUCUUAUCCUCAAGGAUAUACAAGUUUGUACCAAAUGUAUGAACAAUUUUCUGUUUAUAAUAUUAUUAUGACAAAAAACAGUAUAGAAGUUUAAUUAAUAAUUAUUGUCUUAAAUUUGAAGGUAUCCAACCAAAGCCACCAAGAACUCAUCAUUGCAGUGUUUGUAAUAAGUAUGGUAAAUUUCUGUUAUCUUUUCAACUCUAUUAAUUUUCACUGAUGAUUUGCAUGUAUAUAAUGCAAAAAUUCUAGUUUUUGCUUGCUAUCUAAUUAUGUAAUAUCAGCACAUUUAUAAUUUGUAGGUGUAUUUUAAAAAUGGAUCAUCAUUGUCGUAUCCUUAAUAUUAUUUGAAAUAUGGUAUAUUAAUUUUAGACAACCAGAUAUUACUUGGUAUUGAACAAGUAACUGAUAAUUUAAUCCUGACGAUGGACGCUUAGUCCGAAAGCUUGAUUUAUAUUUUACGCAACAUACUACCACUACAAUGAAACUUCCUGGUAACAUAACCACACUAAAUAAGUAACUGAUAGUUUUAAUUUGACUUUAAAUAAUAAAGAAAUAAAAUAAUAAAUGACAAGAAAUCAGACCUUAAAAUAUCGGUCGGUCACGGACAUUGUCCGACCCAUUCGUGAAAUUGUCCGACGUAGAAAGGAAACCACCGGACAUAAUUCUGUCCGACCAAGGUGAAACUGAGGUUUAUUGUUUGUCCGACCCGAGUGUAUUGGUGUCCGACCGAACUGUAGCUUUGUCCGACGUAAAUCAAAAUGUACCCUAGCCCAGGACUAGAGGCUUGUAUGUUAAAUGGAAAAUCAGAGUAAUUGUAUAAAAGGUGAACUGGAAAUGUUGUUUUAAUUAACGUAGUCGAGCGUGGGGCGGCGAGCGAAAUGGUGAAGUGGAAAACGGGCUUAAGUUGUCGAAGUCUUUUUUUAAUACUGCUGUUCUGGAAAGCAAGUUAAUUUUGGCUUGGAAAUAAGUAUGAAAGGAACAAAUUAUUUAAUAUCUUUACAACAUUUACCAUUUAUUCAUUUGUGUCAUUCAAACUUAUUUCCGAGUCAAAACUGAACUGAAGGUCAUCGGACAUAUGUCCGACCCAAACACAACGUCACCGGACAUUUUGUCAGACGGCCCUGGAAAAGAUAUUUUAAGGCCUGAGAGAUCUACAGAAGCUCGAAUGAAAUCAUUAUGAACAAGUAUCUGAAUGAAAAGAUGAUAAAUUUCUUCCAAACGUUAUAUUAAACAGCUUCUGCCCAUACCGGCUUUGAUUGCUGAAACCACAAAUAACGUACAAGCCAGUCCAGCCACCUGUCCGUUAUAAUUUCCUUAAUAAUUCUUUUAGCGUGGAUAAAUAAUUGUGUUGGACAUUUCAACCAUAGAUAUUUCUUCCUCUUUUGUGUAUACAUGUGUCUUGGGACGAUUUAUGUGUCCUUUACAUUAUUUCCUACGUUUCUUGAUCGUAUAGAUUUUUUUGCCAAAAAUGUAAGUAUAAAAAUAUUUUUCAAUUUCACAGUGUCCUGGUUUGCCCACUUAAUUGCCCGUGAUAAUCUUCCAUUCAUUUUUAGAUCUUGAAAGACUACUUUAACGUCGGCAACGCUCAGCCCACAUUGGGACAUAAAAAAUAUUUUUUAAGACCUAAAGUAAGUUGUACGUUCCAAGGGAAAAUGAAAUUGUCUACCUUUUGAUCAUUGACACUGUCACUGAUCAGUUCUGUUGAAAGGGGUUUCCUAGAGGUCCAUUCCUAGCUGCGAGAAACCUGACAACCUGUGGUCGAACCUAUACUCUAUAGACCCGAACAGGAACUGAUCGGUCUUUUCAUAUGAGACUGAACUCUUCUCACAGCGAAGUGACUCGGAGACUGAAGGCGAAAUUAUAAUAAGAAAAAAAUUACAUGCAUUUUAAGUUGAAUAGUUUUAGUCGAAUAGUUUUACAUGCAUUUUAAGUUGUAUAAGAUGUUCAUUAUAUAGGAGUUUUUUAUAUAAACAUAUAACAUAUUUCAAUUUAGUAAAGAUGUUUGAGGUGCGAAACCAGGAUUAUAUUUAUAUUGAGUUUUUUUGGAUGCUCUCUGACUCUGGUUUAAAAUAUAUAUUUAUUACACAAGACUGCUUGUAUUUAGGAUUUGAUUGUUGACGAAGACAAGGAAAGCGUUCCCAGUAUUGUCGUAUUUGAAUUCAUGUUAUGUUCAUGUGUGGCUGUGGCUGUUGGAGCACUGGCAGGCUGGCAUGUUAUGUUGAUAAGCAGAGGGGAGACAUCUGUAGAAGUUUAUAUUAACAGAAAUACGAGAAAGAAACUAAAAAAACAAGGAAAAGUAGGUUUUGUCUUUCCAUAUUUCCUGCGAAAACCUUCAUUUGCUUAAUGUGUUGAUUCAAAAUAUGGUUGUCUCUUUAAGUCUUUUCGCCCUUGAACUCCUAAGUUACUAGUAGGCGAAUGAUGUCAACAAAGGAAAAAGUCGUUUCGCGCGAACAAAUUCGCCUACUGGAAAUUAAAAGGCUACAUUUUGAUUUACAGUUGUUGACCAACUACACACGUAAAAACGCACAAGUUGUUACAGGUCUGCAAACAAAUUGUUACAAAUCUGUUCACAAGCUGCCGACAAGUUGUGCAUGUUCGCACUGCUUGUUCCCAGUUGUUGCAACAAGUUUGAAACAAGCUGUUGACAACUUGUAGCAAGUUUGAUCGCAUUAUCAGACUUGUUACAAGGUUGUUCUAACAAGUCUGAUACAGUCAAGAUAUAACAAGAAUGUUACAAGGUUGACGACACAAGGUUGUAACAAUAUUGUUAUAUCAUACGACUGUAUCGGACUUGUUGGAACAAUCUUGCAACAAGUCUGAUAAUAUCAACAAGGUUGUCACAAGUUGUUAACAGCUUGCUCCAAACUGUUGACAACUUGGGACAAGCAGUGCGAAUACAACUUGUUGACGGCUUGUUGGCAGACUUGCUACAAGUUAAUGUGAGAUUUAAUUUUUACGCGUGUACAUGUCAAGCAAACGAUGAUUCCCCAGUGCGCAGCUGGUUUAGAUAACAUGGACCACACACGUGCACAAUUGUGUAUAAUACACGCUUUCGAUAAUUACGUCAUUAGGCCUGGGAGCCUCGCUCUCAUGAAUCGUGAGCCAAUCACCUUGCGUAAUUUACUAGUGAGAGCGAGGCUCCAAGACCAAAAAGUGUGUGUGACGUAAUUAUCGAAAGGGUGUAUUAUAAACACAUGUAUAUUUAUCAUUAUGUAGAAAUUUCUCAAUCCUUACAAUUACGGGUUCAUUGGCAACUGGAAGAUGGUGCUAGGUCUCGGUCGUGGUAGGUAUGUAAACUUAAAGUCACAUACAGAGAUCAGGAAUUUUACAUUCUUGUGAUAUUCAGUACAUUCUGAGACGAAAUGCAACAUCAACUUGAUGGUCUUUUUGGCUGUAAAGGUGCCGGAAGUGACGUUAAAUAUGGCGUUUUCAAAAGACGCGUUCUAAAAUGAUUGGCAAUUCAAAAAUAUAUGAAAGGUUUUUAUCGCUCUACAUCUCCAUCCAGCCUUAGCCUUUACUUGGCUGGCUUUGGCAGGCUUGGUAAAUUUUGGGCUAGCAUGGUAAGUAUGACGUCAAAAAUAUAAAUAUUCUAUAGAAUUUAGAAAUAGAAGGCCUAGGUGUAGGCUGAUCUCCACCCAUUGUUAUUUCCUUAGAGGACUAUGGUCCAUUGUCAUGCCAUCUUCCCAUCCGCCAAAUGGUGAUGGUAUCACGUGGCCUCAGCCGCUACAGAGCUCUGGGGAAAGUAUUGGAACAGACAAACUAGCUGCAUUUAUGGCGUAA